GGGGCGGCCCCGGAACACUUCCGGGAGGCAACCCUGUAAGUGGCUGUGAUGUGUGCUUCCGGCCGCCUUCGGGCUGCCUUCAACUGUGCUUCGGAGCUCAAGUAGCGGACACGGGGCAAAAUACUAGCAGCGCCCCGGAAGCCCCGCAGGUCCCUGCAGCCAUGGACCGGGACCUUCUGCGGCAGUCGCUGAAUUGCCAUGGCCCGUCCUUGCUCUCCCUGCUGCGGAGCGAACAGCAGGACAAUCCGCACUUCCGGAGCCUCCUGGGGUCGGCGGCCGAGCCUGCCCGGGGCCCGCCGCUCCAGCCCCAGUUACAGGGCAGGAAAGAGAAGAGAGUUGACAACAUUGAAAUACAAAAAUUCAUUUCCAAGAAAGCAGAUCUGCUUUUUGCGCUUUCCUGGAAGUCAGACACACCUGCAAAUUCCGAAGUUAAUGAAGACAAUGAAGAUCAUUAUGCAGUCAUGCCACCUUUAGAGCAGUUCAUGGAGAUACCUAGCAUGGACCGGAGAGAGCUGUUUUUCCGAGAUAUUGAGCGUGGUGAUAUAGUCAUUGGUAGAAUCAGUUCCAUUCGAGAAUUCGGUUUUUUCAUGGUAUUGAUCUGUUUAGGAAGUGGCAUCAUGAGAGAUAUAUCCCACUUAGAAAUCACAGCUCUUUGUCCUUUAAGAGAUGUACCUUCUCACAGUAACCAUGGGGAUCCUUUAUCAUAUUACCAAACUGGUGACAUCAUUCGAGCUGGAAUCAAGGAUAUUGACAGAUACCAUGAAAAGCUUGCAGUAUCUCUGUAUAGCUCAUCUCUUCCACCACACCUGUCUGGCAUUAAAUUAGGUGUAAUUAGCUCUGAAGAACUUCCUUUGUACUAUAGGAGGAGUGUUGAACUAAGUAGCAAUUCUUUAGAUUCCUAUGAAAAUAUCAUGCAGAGUUCGUUGGGAUUUGUUAAUCCAGGAGUAGUUGAAUUCCUUCUUGAAAAACUAGGAAUAGAUGAAUCUAAUCCACCAUCUUUAAUGAGAGGCCUGCAAAGCAAAAAUUUCUCUGAAGAUGAUUUCGCUUCUGCAUUGAGAAAGAAACAAUCUGCAUCUUGGGCUUUAAAAUGUGUGAAGAUUGGAGUUGAUUAUUUUAAGGUUGGACGACAUGUGGAUGCUAUGAAUGAAUAUAAUAAAGCUUUGGAAAUCGACAAACAAAAUGUGGAAGCUUUAGUCGCACGUGGAGCCUUAUAUGCAACAAAAGGAAGUCUGAACAAAGCAAUAGAGGAUUUUGAGCUUGCAUUAGAAAACUGUCCUACUCACAGAAAUGCAAGAAAAUACCUCUGCCAGACACUUGUAGAAAGAGGAGGGCAGUUAGAAGAAGAAGAAAAGUUUUUAAAUGCUGAAAGUUACUAUAAGAAAGCUUUGGCUCUGGAUGAGACCUUUAAAGAUGCAGAGGAUGCUUUGCAGAAACUCCAUAAAUAUAUGCAGAAAUCUUUGGAAUUAAGAGAAAAACAAGCUGAAAAGGAAGAAAAACAGAAAACAAAGAAAAUAGAAACAAGUGCAGAAAAAUUGCGUAAGCUCUUAAAAGAAGAGAAAAGGCUAAGAAAGAAAAGAAGAAAAUCGACUUCUUCAUCUUCAAGUGUUUCGUCUGCUGAUGAAUCAGUUUCUUCUUCAUCAUCCUCUUCAUCUUCUGGUCACAAAAGGCAUAAGAAACAUAAGAGGAACCGUUCAGAGUCUUCUCGAAGUUCGAAAAGGCAUUCAUCUAGGGCAUCCUCAAAUCAGGUAGAUCAGAAUAGGAUAGAUGAAUGCUACCCUGUUCCAACUAAUACUUCAGCAUCUUUCCUUAACCAAAAGCAAGAAGUGGAAAAACUGCUGGAAAAGCAAGAUAGGUCACAAUAUCAAAAGACACAGGUAAAAGAGAAAGAAAGAUGCCCGCUCUCUUCAUCUUCAGUUGAAAUUCCGGAUGAUUAUGGAGGUAGGUCUGAAGAUUCAAAAGAUUUUUAUAAUAGCUAUAAAACCCAGGCAAGUAGCAGCAAAACUGAAAAGCCAUAUAAAUCAGAAAGAUACUUUUCUGGUAGAAGAAAUUCCUCAGAUUCCUCCUGUAGGAAUUCAGAGGACAAGACAAAAAUGUAUGGUUAUAGGAGGUUUGAAAAAGAUACAGAGGGAAGAAAAGAGCACUAUAGAAGGUGGGAACCAGGUUCUGGGAGGUAUUCUACUUCACCAGCAAGCUCAGAAUACUCUUGGAAGUCAGUGGAAAAAUAUAAAAAGUAUACUUAUUCAGGAUCACGUGAUUUCAGUAGACAUGAGCAAAGGUAUCGAUUAAAUACAAAUCAAGGAGACUAUGAAAGACAGGACAAUUACGGGGAGGAAAACAAAACAGAGGUUCCAGAAGAAGAGGAACUAAAUAACAAAGAGCAAUCAGAAAGCAGAAUUAAAAAAGAUUUACCUCAAAAUCUUCUCAAUAUAUUUAAUCAGAUAGCUGAAUUUGAGAAAGAAAAGGGAAAUAAGCCAAAAAAUUAAGGUGCCAAAAAUCAGCACCAUUAUACUAAAUGCUGUUAAUAAAAACUUUGGGGUGUUUUAGUUAUUAGUAGUCCGGUGCAAAGAUUACAGAAAGCAAAUGCUUUUUAGCUUUUCUCAGAUUUUAUGUUACAGUUGUAGGUCCCCUUGUCACAGCUUGAUUUUUAGGAAUUUCAUAAGUUUAUGUAUAGUAUAUUUCUUACUCUGACAGUAUAAACCGCUUCACCUAAAGGUAAUUCUCUGAAUGUACUGCUGCUUCAUUGUAUUAUGGGGUAUGAGAAUUCCUGGGCUCACCUGAACUCACUGUUUGAAAAAAAUUAAAUUUUGUGUAUUGAACUCUGUUUUCAUCAAACAUUAUUUUAAUUUUUUUCUGUUAAAUUAAAAGCCCACAGUUUUUGAAAGAGGUUAUAUGUUUGGUCCUUGAAUACUAGUUUAUAUCCAUCAUUUGUUUAAAUUUUUUAUAUUUUAAAAUGAUGUCUUAAUUUCCCUCUAAAGCCUGAUUUAAUUAAAAUGAGUGGGGAAUGGUUUUUUCUAUCCAGCUUAGUGAGUACCUUAGAAAUAGGACCAUGAAAGCUAAAUAGGAGCCCGCCUCACUGCUCUAUUUCAUGUUAUUGCUGAUAUUACAGCCAUAAGGAAGUUUUUAACCUUAAAUAUUGGCAAGACUCUUAAAGACCAUAUUCCAAGUGACAGUAAAUAAGAAUAGAAAAGAAUCCUGUUAGCACAUAGAGAGCUAUGGCAGAGAAGCAUGCUCUAACUGUGGUUUUCUUUUAGGGAAAAAAUAUUGGGAAACUAUUUUAGUACUGCAAAUGUUCAGUCAAGAAGGCACUAGGCAUGUUUUUAAAUAAGCUAGAGCUGGCCUGCAUUUAUGCUUUUCUUUUAACUUCUUCCUUGAUGCUUCCCCAGUGUCUUCCUUUCUCAGGAUCUGAAUAAAUAACUUGACCAGCCAGAGCUUGGCUUUACUCAAAUUUCAGCAAGUAGAGUUUAAAGAAGAAACUUGAGUUGUAAAUAGCUUCCCAGAUUUACUGAAAACAGUAUAGUGUACUCUUGGGAGAUACACAUAGAAAUCACAGGUAUUGGGUGUAUAACAACUGUAGAAACUUUCCAUAAUAAGAUGUCACAAGCUGUUGAUCACAUGGGCUUUGAAUCCUGUUAUUCAUAACACUAGGUGUUACAGGUGGAUGGGUAAACAGGUAUCCCUCUACAGAGGUCUACAUGAGGUAGAAUGAGAAGAAACUUGCAUCUCCUUAUUCCAUGUUGCAGUUCUUGCCAACAGUAAAAUACCAGAAUUUUAAGUUCUGAGCUUACUAUUUAUGUCCUUCAAACUCCAGUGAUGGGAGCCUCAUGGAAAGUCUAAAAUUUGUUUUGCCAGGAAACAAGGAAAAGAAACCCUUGUCAGAAGCAAUAGAAAGUGGAAAUAGAAAUGUGUCAGUUAGUUAGGCAUUAUUCCUUGCACCCAGAAACACAUCUUAAGAUGAGUCUUCAUUUCUGUGUAUCAAUAACUUAGUGUCAUCUACUUAGUGAUGCUGCUAAAGACUGAUAACUGCCCGGUGAUGCAGCCUUUGACCUUUUGGAAUGCAUAAUACAGUUUACUAUUUUACAUACAUUUUAUCACAUUUUAAUUUUUUAAGGUUAUUUAUUUGAGAGGCCAAGUUAUAGAGAGAGGUCUUCCAUUCGCUGGUUCACUCCCCACAUGGCCUCAAUGGCCAGAGCUGGGCUGAUCAGGAGCCAGGAGCUUCUUGCAGGUUUCCCAUGUGGGUGCAGGGGUCCAAGCACUUGGGCCAUCUUCCACUGUUUUCCCAGGCCAUCAGCUGGGAGCUUGAUUGGAAGUGGAACAACUGGAACUCGAACUGGUGGCCAUAUGGGAUGCUGGCACCACAGCAGAGGCGUAACUUACUAUGCCACAGUGCCAGCCCCACACAAUUUUAUUUUAAAGUUAGGAUAAUGCCUUAGUAUACAGGCUGCCGGAAUUUAAAAAUUCCAACUUUCCCAAGACCUCUUUCCUGGGGCAUAUUAAACUUAACCAGUUUCUAAGUGUAUGUUCAAGAAUCUCAUUACAGCAAAAACCUAUUAGAGGUUUGCAUUGUCCAAAAUCUGCAGUGACAUCUUCAACAAUUUUUGUCAACAUAGUACAUCUAUAUUUUGUACAUAAACGGGUUUACUGUUGUGAUUUCCAGAAGUAGAUGAAGCAUGGUUUUUUGGAUGUUAAGAUAACUCCAUAUUAGGAGAUAGAGGGAUUGAUCCUUUAUCUGACCAUUCAGCAUUAUUACACUGAAGUCACGACUGUUUAAGGAUUAAAUGUAGACCUGUGUGCUGAUCCAAAGAUUCUGUUUACCCAGCAAGUAACAAUGCUAGGUUCAUGGUUAUGACUUAGUAAUAGAAAUCUUUAAUAGUGCAGUUACUGUUUGCCCAGACCUGUGCAUUGUUCAUAUUAUCCAAUUAUUUCAACAAACUUGUAGGUCACUGUUAGUAUCAUAAAUUCCAAGGGGGGAAAUCUUAAAGAAGUAACUAUCACAGAGCAAAUAAAACACAACCCCCACCUUCGUAGAAUUCAGUGUUUAAUAUUUCAACUUCCAAAAAAUUUACAAAGCAGCAUUUUAGCCAGAAUUAUCUUUUCACUCAUCUUACUUACUGGACUUCACUACACCUGUUAUUUGCUGUUUCUAAAACAAAACAAAAAAUGAUAGGAGAAACAUUUAUUACCACUACUGCUUUUCAGAAAGAAGUAAAAAUUAUGGUUCUAAAACAGUGACAGCUGUCACAACAUAUAUUUCCCAACGUUUGAAGAAGACAUUUAUGGAUAUGAAUUCUGAUCUCUUUAUUUGGAAUCCAGUUUUAUAGCCUAGUAUUCAGCACUCUGUACCAAGAGUUCAAAAUGUUGGAUACAUUACAAUAAAGUAUUAACUGGAAAAACUAAUUCUAGAUCUGAUGGUCUAUCUCCAUUGUAAAUUUAUAGAAUUCUUAUUACAAAUAAAAUCACAUCCAAUUUUAUUUAUUAAAUCAAAAUUUCAAAAAUGUAUGCUUGGGUGGCUAUAUUUUGAGAAUAAACUCUUUAAUGCAUAUGAUUUAUUUCACAGUAUGGAGUAAUUCUCAGAAAUUUAAGAUGCAUUUUUCAUUGAUAGUGUUUUUUUCCUUAUGAAUUGUUUCCUUUGGUAGAAGGGAGGUAACAGAACUUCUUGGUUGAAAAUUAUACCAAAAGGAGAAACUGCUUGUAACAGGUUCUCCCCCACUCAAAAUCAGGAAAUAUCUCUUUGAAUAAAGAAAACAACUUGGGAUUCUUGUUAUUGUUAGAAACACUUACUAGUACAAUGAAUGUUAAGAAAUUUCUACCAGAAAGAUUGUUAUGUGAGCGUAGUUUCAUUAAACAAGUGUGUUUUUUAACCUGACAGAUGUCAAUACAAUAAAAAACACCAUUUUCCUUAUGCUUGUAAAACAUGUAGGUUUGUUGAAAUCUGUUACUUUCCUUUUGUAUGAAGAAAAUAGUAGGAAAACUAAUUUUUAAACUACCAGUACUUUUUUGCUGGAUAAAACUUUUGGUCAUUUUCUAUUUCCAACACCAUUUCACUAGAUACAUAUAUCAUUGUAAAGCACACAAAAGCAUAGAAAAAGAUUUACUGUUUUAACAUGAGAUUUUUGUGUUUACAACUUGUUCAAAAUAGUUUAUUUGCUGCUCUUUUUGCUACUAAAGCUACUACUAGCACUAGCUUGCUUAGCACUGCUGUCUGCUAGUGCAGAGGAGUCUGGGAAGCUGAGCUCUAGUACUUUAAUUGAAGUCUGAGAAGCCAAAGAACUUGUACUGCUGGAUGACCUAGAAGAAAGCAGAAUACUGUAAAUGUAAUACAAAUUUUUUAUAUUAAUAUAGACUCUCCCAUUACUGGCAAAAGAUACCAUAACUACCUAAGAAAUCAAAAAGUACAUACUAAUAGUGCUAAUAUAUUUUAAAAGUGUGACCAUUGGUAAAUAUCAAAAAAAAGGAAAAGAAAACUAAUAGUUUCAAUAAAUACUUCAAUAAAUGCAGUAUAUUUUAUGUGAGAAAAGUGUUUGCAAUUGCAGUCAAUUUCUUAGAAUCAUUAAACAUUAAAGGUUUGCAAGAUUGUAAUGAAAGAUGAGGAUUUAUGGCAGGAGUAAUUAAAAUGGUAAUUAAAAGGAUAGUAUGUGAAAUUUAAGUUGAAGUGGAAGGGGAGAGGCAUGCUGAGGAAUAAAGUGGUGGGAUCAUAUGUAAACUAUCCAUACAGUUUUGAAAUGCUAUGUUUUAAAAAUAUAUUUCAUGGCAGUGUAGAGAUAUUCAGUAGGUACUCAGUGUAUUUAUGUAGAAUAUCUAAGUGAAACACUUUUUCCUCAUGAUAUCAACAUGAACUAGUGGAACGUAAUAAACAAUUGCUGACUGUUAGGUAAUUGAAUUCUAAAAUGAACAUCAUCAUUAAUUUUUAUUUUCUCAACAGAAUAAGCAUGUUAAUUGAAACAUCUCUGAUAAUAGAAUUCUGGAUAACAAUAAACUUCAGAAGGAAAAAAUUCAUUUCUUUUUUAGUAAAAUAAAGCAUUAUAAAAUCAAAUCCUGAUGUAAAAUUUCAUGAAUGUGGUUUUAAUCAGAAAACUCCUGUUUGCUUGUACAUCUAAGUUGCCCUUUUGUGGUUUAAAAAAACCUCCCCUACUUGGAGUUCACCCCAAAUGCUAACUCCAACCGUCAGAUUUCACUCUGUCCUACUGUAAUAGCUGAUAAUCAGCAUUUGUGCAAUAGUAGAUAUGAGGACAGCAGCUGAAAUCAGAAGGAAAAUCUUGGCUCUGUCACCUGCUUCUGUAUCUAAUCAGUGUCUGACACAGGGAGGCAGUUGAAGUUGAAAUGAGCACAGGCUGUGCCCUGGCCAAUCCAACAGCUGUGCUUAUGGGUAAGUGACUGGGUUCACAUGCUGUCAACUGGGGGUUGAGGUUUUUUUUUUUUAAUCUUCCACUUACCUAGCUGAUAACAGGGAAGUCUGUGAAGCAGAUCUAGAACUGUGGCGACGGCCUUUAGUACCAGCUGUAGGUAGUUCUAACCCAUUCUGGAAUGAUAUUUAAUAGCAAGUCAUUACUCCUACUGCAUUGUAGAAGAAAAACAGAUUUCAUUUUAUGAUGGAUGCUAUAAAUUUUUUCAUGAAGUAUUAGAUUCUUAUUAGAGGGUAUGUACUACCUGUUGAAAAUAUGUUUGUAGUAUAAGAUGGAUCUCAGCAUUUUCUUCUAUGACAUCAGCUAUCAUUUCAUCAAUGACCUUAUGAAAUUGUUUAACUUCACGAAGUUUGAUGUCUUGUUCUUCUAGCGUUUCAUCUUUUGUUCCUUUCAAAAGACGGAUUUCUUUUGUGAGUUUUGCGCACUGUUGGCAAACAACAGCCAAUUAUUAUAUAAGCCUAUUUUCCAGAACUUAAAAAUUUUAAAGGAUAAAGGAAGAUUUGUGUUUACCAUUUGGUACAUCAAAAAAAUGUAAAUAUGACAGGUCAGUUUUUAAAAGCUAUCAAUACCUGUUUAGUUACUCUUUCUAAUUUUGGCUUUUGCUCCUCAGUUUCUCUACGUAGUUGAAAUGAAUAGGCUUGCUUCUCUGAUAGUUUUUCUUGGACAUUAUUUGUUAAAUGUUCUAUGACUUCUAAAGUAUUUUCCAUGCUCUGCAGAAAUAAAGUAAUAACAUACUUAACUGGUUUUAACCAAAAGCUGAUUUUUAUUGCUUGCUCCUGUGAUUUGAAUAUGAUUUAUUCCCCUAAACUCAUGCAGGAUUUUAAUCCACAAAUCAUAUGUUAAUGGUAGUAAGAGGGUAGAAACAAUGCAACUCUGCUGUUUAGAGCUGGGGGUCUUUAGAACAUGUUUAGAUUUAGAUAAGGUCAAUAGAGUAAAGUUCCUAUGGUUGAAUCCUAGCGUCUUUGUGAGGAAUGACAUACCCAACACAGUACAGGCAUGUGUGCUCCCUGUCCUUUGCUAUGAAAUGUCAUGCGCUACUUCAGGACUCUGCCACCGAGAAAGCCACCAGCAGAUCUGAGCCAAUGCCAGAACAAUGCCCUUGAACCUCCAAAACUUUGACCUGAAUAAACCACUUUCCAAAAAGUGGGCUUGCCUCAAGUAUUUCAUUAUAGUAAUGAAAAACAGACUAAUAUGCUUGCCAUUUGUCAUUUAAUUAUUUAUUUCUCUAUAUAAUGCAUGUGCACUUUUCAGUAGAUAAUAGAUAUAAUGGUUUUAUGGAUUAAGUUUUGUAUAUUAUUCCACUGGGAAGUAUUCUUAUGUUACUUGGAGAAAAAAAUGAUAGACAUGGUGACUAUUGAAAGCACGCAGUUUUCAAA